CUCGCUCCCAGAUCUUCAUCAGUUCAUCCAAGAUGUCUUCCAAACUCGCUCUCGCAACGGUGAUCCUGGCCAUCUCACUGGCCACCUCCUACUCAGCUGUUCCAAUCCAAAACGCAACGCUGGCGGUUACACCACUACCUGUCAGGGUCAACACUCCGUAUUUCCGGGUCAACACUCCGUACUUCCGGGUCAACACUCCGUACUUCCGGGCAGCCCAGUUCCCCAACCAGCGGUACUUCGUCUUCAACAACCGGCAGGUGACCUUCUUCGAGGCUUGGCACCAGUGUGCUUCGAUCGGACUGCGGCUGGCCUCGGUCAACUCGGCGGAAGAUGACGCCGCUUUGAAGUUGGCCCUCCGUGCCGCGGACUCGAACGAGGCCGGGCCGUGGUGGAUCGCCGGAACGGAUCUGGGCAAGACGGGAUACUUUGUGUGGAUUACGACGAUGAAACCGCUGGGAUACCGAACGGGCUAUUCGAACUUUGCUCCCGGUCAACCGGAUAAUGCCAACGGUGUGGAACACUGCGUUGAAGCGGGAUGGCGCAGCGGAACAACCUGGAACGAUAGGAACUGUGACGCCAAGCGUCGGUACGUGUGUGAGACGUACACUUCGGAGAAUUGUUAAAAGGUUGAGCUUCGCAAUUUCAAACGGUUUCCAUUUCAUAUAAAUAUUCCUGUACUCAGCAAUUGAAA